GCCGAUGCCGAGCCUGAGAGCGAGAUUAUGUCGGAAUCGAGCAGCACCGACGCCCGACCUCCUUAAAAGGCCACACCGGUAGGCACAAGCCAAAAGCAUCAGCAUCGAUCAAUCUUCCCGGCGAAAACAGAGCAACCAAGCGAACCGUUCGUUCGAUCUUGACGGUUCGUGCAUCGGCAAUGGCGGGGAUGCAGCAGCAGCAGCAGGCGGGCGGCGCUGCUCAAGCUUCUUCGGACGGCGGCGGCGGGCCGGCCCUGUGCGUCGGCGGCUGCGGUUUCUUCGGCAGCGCGGCGACCGGCAACCUCUGCUCCAAGUGCUACAAGGAGCAGCAGAUUAAUGUCGCCGCGCCCACGGUGGACAGCAUUGUUUCUGGGCUGGCGUCGGUCACGAUCAAAGAAAAGGCAGUGCAAACUUCAACUUCUUCUUCUUCUUCUGCCGCUGGGUCUGCCGGGACGGAGAAGACGGUGGCGCCGGCGCCGGCGACGAAGAACCGGUGCGAGGCGUGCCGGAAGAAGGUGGGGCUGUUGGGGUUCGCGUGCCGCUGCGGGGGAACCUACUGCGGCGCGCACCGCCACGCCGCCGGCCACGGCUGCGGCUUCGACUACAAGGCGGCCGGGCGCGACCAGAUCGCGCGCCAGAACCCGCUCGUCGCCCCCUCCAAGCUCGACAAGAUUUGACCCUGAUUUUAUUUUCUUUUAUUUUCUCCAGCAUGUAUUGAUUUUAUUUUAUUUUAUUCUCGUAUGUAUAUUAGAGUAGAUAUCACGUACUUCCUCCGUCUAACAAAAAAUGUCUCAAGUUUGUCAAAAUUUAGUUGUAUCUAGACAUGACUUAAUGUAUAGAUGCAUUCAAAUUUAAUUAAAAUUGAGACAUUUUUUGUUGGACGGAGGAUGUAAAGACAUCAAGAAAACAUGUUAUCCCGCAUGAUAAAGGGUUAGUUGAAUGUUUGCCGGAGUGCACUUCUUGAAGAUGUCAAAG